AGUAAUCUGACAGCUGGCACGGGGUGGGAGGAGAAAAAUACGAGAAAAAUUACAACUCAUUCGUCUGCUCGGAGUCGUGAAAGUCAUGAAUGAAAACAAAACCAUCGGACGAAAAUGUGCACAGUGCUGUAAUAUCUAAACCAAAUCUCUCUUUCCCGCCGCAACGCAUUCCACGUAGAGCAGACGUAGUGCAGUGUCUCAUUCUUCCAACCAAAUUAUUCCAAUUACGGUAUAUCGCUUUGUGUUGUUUCGCUGCAAUUAGGUGAGCUUGAAAAAGAAACUGCACAUCGAAUGGCGGAAAGCAUGGAUACAUCACACAAACCGAACCCGCUGGAGCAGAAGACCAAUGCGCACAUCGAGAAAAUCUUCCUGAUCACGCUGAACAAGAAUCCGCAGAAAAACAAACAGUUCGUGUACGUGGAGGACGUGGCGCAAGGUGUCGACAGUGGGCUGCUCGAUCUGGACGUGCUGGAGCAGGCCCUGUUCGAGCGGCUGAUGCUGCCCAACCCGUCCGAGUAUCUGAUACCGAACAACAUCACCACCUCCGAUACGCCCCAGAUUGCGGAAACGAAGGCCAUCCUCUAUCUGUACGGAUGUUUCGAGCGCAAUGAGAAACCGGUCGAACCGAACGACAGUGUCGCGCUGGACAACCAGCGCAAGAUGAAGGCGCUAAUACUGCGCAACGUGUGCACCUCGCUGAAGCAGCCGGAGCUGUACGAGGGCCAGAACCUGUCGAACCAGCUGCUGGACAUUUUCAAGCAGUGCAGCACGGGCGACUACGCGGUAGCGGGCCGGUUCGUGUCGGAAGCGGUGAACGAAAUAUUCACCGACACGGAAACAGAAUCCGAGGGGUUCGCAAUCAUUCGCGGCAUUUUCGGGCCCAUUUUCGUGGUCGUCAUGAAGGCGUUGCGGGCGGCCUCGCUAAUCACCAUCGAGUGCUGGGUGAUGCCGUUCCUGCAGGUAUUCCCGAGCGACAAAAACAACCCCCGGCUGGCGCUCAUCUUUCUCGGCUACACGACCCCGCCGCCCGACUCGGACGGCAUCAAAUAUUCCGACUCCCUGCUCGGUCAGCUGCUGUCGCUCUCGAUAAUGCCGCGCAACCACAACGGGCCGUACGAGUACUACGAGAAUCCGCUCACCACGAACCGGUCGGCGGUGGACAGUCUGUCGUCGAACCUGUGGAACUACACCAAGCGGCAUCUGGCGAGAAUGCACGCGUUCGUGAAAAGCUUCCUGCUGCUCGGCGGUACCGUGCGCAGCAAGAUGCUCGACUGGAUCGGCCGGUGCCUGCAUGCGAACGUGCCGCGCGGCCAGAUCUGGAACACGCACCACGGCAUGGGCAUGUUCGGCAAUCAGACCACUUCGCCCGACGCGUUCAGCAUCAAUCUGGCCGGGGUGCUGCUGCGCCUGUGUCAGCCGCUGCUGAAACCGCAGCUGAAGGUGCUGAUCGUGGACCCGACGUACUGUGCCGUGAAGGAGGCGGACAAGGAAACCAAAGCCGUACACAUGCUCGACGCGGAGAAGGAAACGUGUCUGUUGCCGCUGGAGGACGACAAGGAGCAGCGGCUCGAGGCGGACCGGUACAACUUCGUCACGGAGUGCUUCUUCAUGACGCACAAAGCGAUCGAUCUCGGGUACCGCGUGUGCAUCGAGAAGUUUUUCCGCAUGAACCGCGAGCUGCACCGGCUGCAGACGAUGUACUACGAGAUGAUGUCACAGAACGGUGCGGACGUGCCGAGCGAUCUGAUGCAGAUGGUGUCCUCGCAGAUGCAGCAGUUCCUCUGCCUGCAGAACGUGCUGCUCGAGCCGGAAACGGACGAACUGCUGCUGCAGUUCUACGAAGCAUCCGCCAUCUGGCUGACGCAGCUGAGCGCACGCGAAGCGUCCCAGAUCGACACGCUCGAGCCGGCGAAAGGGUUCUCGCCCCAGACGCAGCAGCCCGUCAAUCUGCCCCUGGUCGGGGUGGCCGUGUCGCGCGUGCUGAAGUGCAUUCCCGAGUACAUCAUCGAGAACAUCGUGGGGUACUUGCAGUUUUCGCGCCACUUCGACAGCCGCUCGCUGCGCGUCGACGUGGACGCGCAGCGAUCGAUCUUCACGAUGAUACUGAUCUUCAUGGGCAGCUCGGAGCGCAUCCGCAAUCCGCAUCUGCGCGCCCGGCUGGCCGAGGGGCUGGAGAGCCUGCUGCCGAAGGAGUCCGAGCCGGCCGGGUUCAGCCUGAGCGCCACGCUGUUCACCAACCAUCCGCACCGGCUGGAAAUCAUUCCGAACCUGUUGCGCGUGUUCGUCAGCAUCGAGAUGACGGGCCAGAGCGUACAGUUCGAGCAGAAGUUUAACUACCGCCGGCCGAUGUACGCCAUCAUGGACUACCUGUGGAAGAUCGACGAGCAGAAGGAGUGCUUCCGGGCGCUGGAGCGGCAAGCGAUCGAAAACAUCGAGGCGGAAGAUCCGCCCAUCUUUCUGCGCUUCAUCAACCUGCUCAUCAACGAUGCGAUCUUUCUGCUGGACGAGUCGCUGAGCAAUCUGCAGCAGAUCCGCCAGAUGCAGGGCGCCCAGGACGCGGGGGAAUGGGAAUCGCUGGCCCAGACCGAGCGGCAGCAGAACGUGGCCAACCUGCGCAAUCUGGGCAUGCUGGCCCGGUUCGACAACAUUCUCGGCCGCGACACGAUCAACAUACUGCAGCUGCUCACGUCCGAGACGAAGUCGAUCUUUUGCCAUUCGUCGAUGGUCGAUCGGGUGGCGGCCAUGCUGAACUAUUUCCUCCUAAACUUGACCGGCCCGAAGAAGGGCAACUUCAAGGUGAAGGAUAAGCGCGAGUUCGAGUUCGAUCCGGCCCGCACAGUGCUGGAAAUCUGUCGCAUCUACGUGAAUCUGUGCGAGUGCGAUGCGUUCUGUUUGGCCGUGUCGCAGGACGGUCGCAGCUACAGCCCGCAGCUGUUCGAGUACGCGGAGCAGGUGCUGACCCGCAUCGGUGGCGGCCAGCUGAUUGGGGAGAUGCAAGAGUUCGCCCAGAAGGUGCAGCGCAUCGAGAAGCAGCAAAAGAUUGACGAGGAAGCGCUGAUCGAUCCGCCGGACGAGUUCCUCGAUCCGAUCAUGUCCUCGCUCAUGGCCGACCCGGUCAUACUGCCCAGCUCGCGCAUCACCGUCGACCGGUCGACGAUUGCGCGCCAUCUCCUGUCCGACCAGUCGGAUCCGUUCAACCGGUCGCCCCUGACGAUGGAGCAGGUGAAGCGAAACGAUGAGCUGAAGGCCAAAAUAGACGCUUGGAUGCGGGAGAAGCGUGCCAGUCAUGCCGCCACGUUAGCUGCCGCAGCUGCUGCGACAAAGGGCGGUGAGAGCAGCGAACAGCCCACUACGCCCGUAACACCGACGGCCGUCGCAAUGGACGCAGACGAAACGGUCGAGAACCAGUAGUAAUAGACGCACGAGAAGUAGCGCAAUGUUCUUUCCCUCCUCACUACUAGCCAAUUUGCUGUUCCCGGUCGUCCCCCUUUCCCCCCAUGUACUCCCCAUUCCACACUCCAGUGUCCCGGCCCGAUUGGAAGCGUGAACGUGUGCUGCGUUUUGGUUUUAUAUUCAAAUUUAAGGUAGAGUUUAUACACAUGCUUUUGUGUUUGUUUUAGUUUUUAUGAACUCUAAACACUAUAGAUUACUCUGUGUGCGUGUUCGAGGGUCGGGGAAUCUUUAUCGUAUAAUUCAAUGGCACAUCAUCCUCCACAGGAACCCCUCCCCCUCCCACUUUUUAGCCUCUUAGUAUGGAAUACAAUAAAGAAAAAAAUGCGAAACGGA